UCAUGUUUCUAAAGAAACGUUUGAAAAUGGCUGCCGUCAACAGUUAGGCUUAUCAAACCAGAAGAAUCCAAAAGUUGCUGUAGGCAGAGACGACUAAGCCGUACCUGCUUUUGAAAGAGUCGACUCCAGCAUGGAGCCAGAAGUUGAACAUUCCCCGGAGGCGCAGCCUCCUCCUGCUUCUGUCGUUGAUGUAGAGCAAGGAGCCGAGUCACAUGACGGUGAAGACAGCGGAGCUAGCAUGGAGGCAGCUGGAGAACCAACAACUAUGGCUGCGCCAGCCGGAGAGGAACAUGUCCCUGACCUCCUCAACCUGCUGGACACCAUCAAGGUGGACAGUGACGACAUUGAGGUCAUCAAACGAGAGGCCAAGGAAAUGUUCAACCCAGAAAAGGUGGCAGUGAUGGAGAAGAUUGAUGAACUCCGGCUUCAGAUAGAGGAAGAAGAACUCAAAUCCUAUCUCCUGGACUUUGAGGAAGGUGUGCGAGAUGAUGUUGUUAUGGUUGGCAGUAUUUCUCUCGAGGAGGUUCAAGAAGAAGAACGAAGACUGCGGGAUGAGCAUGUCCUCUAUCUGGAGCAAGAGGCUGUGAGAACGCGGAACAGGGAGGAGGACAUUCUUCACAGAGAGGAGGAGGCCAAAAAGAGAAUGGCUGCUUUUGUGAAGGAAAAGAGAGCAUUCUUAGAAAGAAAGGAGGAACUUCUGCGCCAGAGGGAAAAAUUGCUGAUGGACAGACUCCAUCGAGGAUUUCUUCGAGCAGAGUCCCAGCUGAUCAGUGUCUUGGAGAAAAGGAAAGGCGAAGUUAGGACAUUCUAUGGUGACUUGAUGCAUUCUGAAGGACAGUAUGCUGGGAGCAAAGGUAGAAGAUGGAAGGUUGACUGGAACAAGACACCUCAGCCUGUCCAGGUCAAGCUCAAGUGUCUUCGAGGCAUAAAGGACAAGUGUCCAGCAGGUCGCUACGUGCUCAUGGUGUCUCUGUACAACCGCAUCGGAGGUCACGCCAUGAGAUGGUCAAAGCUCAAAGGUCAACAGUGGGGCUGUGCCACUCUCCCACUGUUUCAUGAGGGAAACUUUUAUAACACUGAAAUGAAGCUUGACCAAAGCCUGUUCACAGUGCUGCCACCCAAGCUCUCCCUCCGGCCAGGCAUGGUGUUAGUCUUCGAGCUGUUCCUUCUUAGAGGCUCGGUGGUCAGUACUGACCAUGUGGUUGCCUGGGGCGCUUUCCCCAUCUGUGACGGGCAGUUUGACAUUGUGGAGGGCAGGUACCAUUGCCCGUUUUUGCGUGGCCCGAUGGACUCAGACAUCGACAAGCAUGAGAAGAUUGAAGAGCUGAUAGCUUCCGACUUGGAUCACUGGAUGUGCAACUUGUACUUUGAGAUCAUCCGAUUGCCAAGAUACUUUGCUGGUCAGAAGGAGUACGAGGUGGAGCUGCAGUUUAGCUCUGGCUUGACUGGUCACCCUGACCGUGUGAAGACUGGAUGGGAGGAGAACCGUGAUGGGGAGGAGCCAGAGGCGGGGUCUAGUGGAGAUGUCAGCACUGACAGAACCACGCCCACUGGUCUAUCUCAGCUGAGUGUUAUGAGACCAAUAUCUGCAGCUGAAAAAUCAACUGUGUCCGUGUCAUCCAAGGUGAAGCUGAACCUAGAGCAGCAGGACAAGAAAAAGAAAAUGCCAACCACAGUUCUGUCAAGAGUUUUCCAGCGAGAGUACAAGAAACUCAAGCUUCCGGAUUCUGAUGAUGAGAGCGAGGAUGAGAGGACUAGAGAGAUGUCGGAGGAGAAAAUGGAGAAGUUGGAGUUGGAAGCCAUCAAGAGAGAGAAGGAACUGAAGGCUGUGAAAGGCAUGGAUGGCAUUUACUACAAGAGAUACCAAACAAGCCCUGCGGACGACUACUUCAAGCACAUGUUUACCAUGCUGCCCAAGACACAGCUGCUGGCCCCGAAGAAAAAGGAACGGAAACUGACACGGCUAGAGGAGUUGGAGCAACACACCUUUAGUGUGCAACCUCCUUUCUCCUGCAAAGGCCGCGUGGCCAGACAGGGUCGGAAGAAGAUGAGUUAUGUGGCCCGUCAGUUCUUUGCCGAGCUGGGCUUGUCCCAAUGGCGGAGCCGAGACUUCUGGGCUAUGCUCAUUCUGAUGAUCAUCGUGUUCUGGAUCCGUCUGUACCUGCACUACAUCGGCCAGUGGCUUUUCCUCAGCGCUAUCGACAUUCCCAUCAAUGAGUUCACAUUCCUGCCCCACACAGUUACCCUCAACUACCAAGCCACCCUGCUGGAGGCCAAACAAGAGAUAGCUGUGGUUGUACUUGGCCCCAUGAUGAAUGUCCUGGUCUUCUCGUUCCUCGUCUUCUUUGCCUGGGUAGUGCCGAAGUUCAUGGGCGUUUUGCCUGACAUGGGGUCGAAGUUCAUCAUGGCCUAUGGAAUUUUGACUUUCUUUGAUCCUCUUCUGAUCUGCAUUGUGGACUCUAUUCUUGGGCGCUACGAAGAUCAGGCAAUUGAACCAAUUGCAGACUUUGCCAAGCUCUACUGGCACUUCAAGAAGGCGCAAGGUGAAGGUCUACCUGGGAUUUUCCUGCCUAUUUUCUUAUACACCUUCACAUCCUUCUUCGCCGUGUCCAUUCUGUACAUGUACUUCUUACGCCUUCACAACAAUGGUCGGCUCCUUGAUGUCUAUUGGCGUCUCCACGGCGAUGAAGACCAAUUUUUCCAGCCUUACGACCUUGAAAUCUCUAACCAGGAGCUGUCCUACAUCUGUCGCAAAUCUGAGCAGUGGCGAGGAGAGGAGGGAGCGCGCAGAAAAGUGGCAGUCUACGACUACAUCUGGGAGGAAGAUGAAAUAGAUGAUGAAAGUGUCUGGCAUGAGGAAAACCAAGAGGAGAGAGAGGAGAGACAGCAGAGAAAGGAAAUCACAACUCACGUAUCCAUCCACACCGUCCACCUGGAUGGUUUGAGAGAAUUGUACAGGCACUUCCUGCGGCUUCCUGAUGGAGCCAUUGUAGAGGUGUUUGGAGACAUGUCUAUCCCCGGCAUGGACAAAGACGUGAAGGCCGCACUGGAGAAAGGCUCUCGUGGAAUUGAGAACAUUAUGGGCUCCCAACCGAGGGUGCGAGGCCGACAGGAGGUUCACACUUCUAGUGGGUUCCGUCCAGAUCAUGGAGAAAGCCCAUCGUCUUCUUCUAGCUCUUCGUCCGGGAGUUCUGCAUCCUUGGUGAAGAAGAGCAAAGAUAUCUGAGAUGGGAGAAGAAGGGCUCCGAUACACCUUUAGCUUAUUGAGUUGAAAGAAAAAAUCUAGUAUAAUAUGCAAAACUCUGUCAAGUUGACUUUUGAAAAAAGACUUUUAUUUAAUUCUUUCUGGACCACUCAUGGUACACUGCGCCACCAUUCUAUAGGUUAGGUUAUAGUGAUAAAAUAACUGCGUGUGGAGAGGGUAGAGAAAAAAUACCACAUCCUUCUAUUAAAGUUUGGUAUGAAAUUAUCUCUCUUCAACAAAUGGACAAGCAUUAUUGAGAUCAGACAGGUUAGACAAAAUCUAAAGCUGCAGUUUCUUUUUCGAUAGUGUUAGAUGCUCGGUUGUCGAUUUGCACAAUUGGUGUUGCGAACUACAAGGAGAUCUACAUCGCAAUUGCCAUGUGUCCCAGAUGCCAGGGAUGAUUGAGACUAUGUCAAUAACGCAAGAAUGUUUCUAUCAUAGUGAACCCUGAAAUAGUGGCUUCUUCAUUAGGGAUGUUAAAAAAAUGUUUUGGUAAAACUGAUCUUAAAAGAAAAAGUGAAAUAGAAAACUAAAAUAUAAAAUGUACAGUAUAAAUAAUCGUCUUUACACAAAAGGCCACUGUAGUAAAUGCAGUUUCACAGUAAACAUGUUUUAGUAACAAGGCUAUCUGUCAAUGGAUCUGUUUGUUCAGUGUAAUCUUAAGAGCUGAAACUCAGCAUCUUGAAACAAUAAGAGAUUUUGUAUCAUUUCUUUCUUGUGAUAAUUCACAUUGUGUGCACGCACACUAGUGUACACUCAUGAACACACAGACACACACACACACACACACACACACACACACACACACACACACACACACACACACACUCACACACUCUAACACACAUACAAAGAUGCUAUACAUUGACGUACCUCUACACCACUGACUUAUGUAAUGUAGUGUAAGCCUCAAGCAAGAAAUCUUGCAAUUAACAGUACAGCUCUCUCAAACUGCUCUCUUUAGAACCUCUCUAUAAUGUUAUGAAAAUAAUAUUCUAAAAUAUCCGUCCAGACACAUUUUACAAAUUUUUAUUCGCUUGUGAUUAUAUUGUUUCCUGGAUAUACCAGUACAUAUUUUCUAACUCCAUUUACUUACUUUUUGUAUUUACAAGAAUAGCUUUCUUGUGCGGUAACAUUUGCUUCGAAUUUAAAGUUAAAAUGAAAUAAAGUACACCUUUGAUUGUAUUGCUUUUCCUGCUGUCACAGAAGUUAGUUUAUUUAUUUCUAAUGCUUCAAAAGGCUGAUAGUGUCAGUUUAUUAAUUAACCGCUUCCAAUUACUUGUGGAUCUCAAGUUAAGAUUUUGUGUUUAUUAUUUAAUGUGAAGGCUAACAAAUCAAAAUCUUUUAUUUGAAAUUACAAUUUGCUUGUGAAAGUUUAAAAAAUCAAGGAUUUUAUUUAGAAUAAUACUUUUAAAGGAUAACAAAUCAAAAGGUUCGUUUUUUUUACAUUUCUAUUUGCAUUUAUGCGCGGCAUUUUUCUGAAUGAUUUUUAUGCGCUUAAUUUCCUCAAAUGUAUUAAUUUUAUUUUGUAUUAUUAUCACUUUUAAUCAAAAGAUAUAAUGCAUCUGUAUUGUGCUUUAAAUUUUGUAUUCUACCCAAUAAUUUUGUCAACGCAAUGUUACCUAACUGGCAAUGAAAUGAGAUUACUGUAGACCACAUUGUUUUGUGUCUGCUAGAAAUGAUUUUUUUUUUGCUUUCAUUUUAUGUCAAUGUAUUUUUCAUGUUUUGAGUACAUUUUCAACACCAGAAAUGUACUGUGUUAAGAACCGCCCAAAAACAAUACUGAAAUUUUCAUUAUGAAAGUAUGUUUGGCUGCCAGCGAAUCAGAAUGUCAUCUGCAGUCUAAUUACUCACAUUCCUUCUCCGUCAGACUUUCUUUUUUAACUGUCAUGAUCUGUUCAGGUGGUAUAAAUUGUAAAGUAAAUGAAUCUAUUUGGAGAAAUAUUUUACUUGGAUGAAUCUAUUUGGAGAAAUAUUUUACUUGGCAGCUUUAGUAAUACAGUCAUUGUCUGCUUUACAUUCAAUUUUAUAACUGCUUGUGAUUUUUAAAUGGCAGAUGGUUUAGUGAUGAAUUACUGUCUACUUUAUAUUCAUAAUUUUAGAAGUGUUUUGUACAAGAUUUCUUUGACUUUACCUGUGGAAACAGAAGAUUCUGUUUUAUUUUUUGCAGAACCCUACCUAGUGUUGCUAAUGUUAUCCGUCCUUUUGAAUAUUAGAUCAAUUUGUUCUCUUUGAUAACACUUUAAAAAAAACAACUUAUUUUAUGUUUUUUUAGCAGUUAUACAAACUUUUUUACUUAAUUCACAUGAAACUUCUCUGCUUUUUCUUUUAUGCGCUAGUGUGCACUCCUCAAAACUUUUCAGCUGAGUUUCACAGUUCGUAAAAGGAUACCUCUCUUCUGACAAAUGAUAUCUCAGACUUCCAUUUAAUUUUUGCAGAACCAAUUCCUUUUGUGACAGAUCUUAUAUGAGUUGUUUUUCUUUCGAAAUAGAGUUAUUUCCUGAAUUUUUUAUGGUGAAAAUCAUAAAUGGACGAAUUUAUGUUGACCAAUUGAGAAGAUUGUACUGCUUACACAUUUAUUCUUUCUGACCUUGACCUUCACAGCUGGUCCUGUGAUAGCUCCAAAGACUGUGUUAUUCUAACAUGGGUCACUCUGCUCUGGAAACCAAGAUAUUAGGAACACGACUCACUAGUUGGUUAUAACUUUUAGUUCUCAAAGCAAGGGAGGAUGAAAAACAAACACUUUCGAGUUAUUUUUUUUUCAUUUCUUACCCUUUCCCUAAUAGCAAAAGCAGUUACACCCGUUUGUUAUUGCAUGGAGGUUUUUUUGGUGCCAUCAUAGUGGGGGAAAAAAAGCGAGUGACCUGUCUUAGAAUGUGUGUGUGUGUGUGUGUCUGUGAAAAUAACCCAAAUGUCAACAGACUGAGUUCUGCUCUUGAUUUGAGAAAAAAUCGUAAUGCAGUUUGUAAAAACAUUCAAUGUUAUAAUCUUUUUUGGAAAGAUACAUGGAAAGUGAAAUACUACAUCUUCUGAAUGUUUGUAAGAUAAUUAGUUUUAAAGUGGUGAGAAGUCCAAACUGAUACUUAAACAUUUCUUUUUUAUUUUGUUUGCAUUUUGUGUCUUCAUAUCCCGUCAUUUCCCAAAAAUUUCUCAAAGCAAAAGAUUAGAAGAGCAACGAAUCAGAAUUCCUCCCUCUUUCAGAAACCUUUACUACCUCAAUGUUUGCCAUCGACGUUUGGAUUGUUUUCACGACAAUCACACACACACACUUAAUUGUCUUUGGUCCUACUUGGUCAGGCAACACCAGAGCAUAACUUUUUAUGAUACAUGAUAGUAUCUGUGAUCAAUGUUUUACCACAAUGUUCACAAAAUUAACAAGGUCAAUAAAUAAUGUUAACUUUUUCUUAACAUCAA